AAAAAACUGAAAAAUAAACAAGUCGAGUUACUCGGUUACUCGUUUUUCAAAUUAAAAUGUCAAAAUGUGCGUAAUAUUUUAAAUUUAUGAUAAUUUUCGUCUCAAAAUUACAAUUUGUGGAAAGAUAAAGCAUUCAAAAUUAUACUGAGUUCGUUUAAAUAAAAAAGUUUUCCAUUCGAAGUGAUCUCGCACUUUCCAAGUUUAGCUACAUGUUCGGUGAUGUUCUAACAAAUAUUAAAAUUACCAGGGACUUGUGUCAAACACGCAACUACUCGUCUACCGAAUGGAGUUUAAAUUUAAAUUGAGUGAUUUCCUAAUGGACGAGGUAUCCGUGAUUCAAAAUAAUUUGUUACCAGUUGACUUCACGGGAUCUGUUGACGAGAAGAGAUUAUGUAUCGCUACAGUGGGUCAUAUUCUGGACAAAAUGGGAGAAGCUUCGGGAAGAGCUCAGAAUCUCAGAACACCAGUCACAAGUGCUUUAAAAUUUGCCAACUCAGAUCAGAUCAUCUACCUUAUGGUGAACUUGAACGCUAAUAAUUGUGAUGGAAAUGUGAUCGGAUUUUUGAAAAUGGGAUGGAAGAAUUUAUUCAUAUUUGAUCUCGCUGGAAUGUAUAUUCAGAAACGUUGCUUUUGUUGCUUAGAUUUUUAUAUUCACGAGUCGAAACAAAGACAAGGUUAUGGUAAACAGUUGUUCGAUUUUAUGCUCAAAGAUAACAGUGUUACUGUGAACCUGAUUCCGAUUGAUAGACCUUCCGAGAAAUUAUUGAAAUUUCUACAGAAACAUUACCAUCUUAGUACCAUCGUACCUCAACCGAAUAAUUUCAUCGUUUAUGAACAAUUUUUCAAUGAUCAGAUUUGAUAAAAGAGAAAUUUUUUUCUCAAAUUAAAUAUCGUUGUGUCGUGAUUUGUACAAGUUUAUGUAUUGCUUCGUUUUUUUGUAUUUUUUUUUUUUUCAUAUUCGAACAGAAGCGAAAAAUAUUGUAGUUAUAAGAUCUUGAGAAACUAAAUUUGUGUAUGUAAUAUUAUGUAGAUCUGCAAGCACGAGAAAAUGGUCUCACUAGAAUUUCAUUCAUCUCACUUUUCCUCGCGAAAAAAUUAACCAAGUGCAAUGUUAUUUUAAACAUGGUUUUCAUAUCAUUCCCUUUUUUACUACAUAUUAGAUUUUGUUACUCCUUGUUUUUAACACUCAUUUAUUUUGUUGUUUUCCCUUUUUUUACGAGAAAGUUUAACGUUACUAAUAUUAUUAUUAUUUUUUUUGUUUUUUGUUUUCUGGAAGUUUAAUUUUCCAGUAUAAAGUUUAUAUUAUAUUAGCACCAAAGUAACUUUUAUUUCUAGUCUAAACUUUUUAUUCCUAACGCAAAGUGGAGUUAAUUUGUUUUGUAUAAUCUUCCAUUGCUGAUUUCGGAUUUUACUAAAAACUCGUAACCGACAUUUUCGUAUUGAUUUUUCCUAACGCUUUAUUUUUAGUGAUUUACCUGACCCUGACCAAGGCCACGAAUAGUAGGAAUAACAUUUCAUGCAAAGGUGCUUUACUAUUAUUAUUUUUAGUUUUCUGUUGUUUUUUUUGUUUUUUAAUUUGAAUGUUUUAAUUUUGAUAUGUUAGAAUCAUUGUAACAUGUAAUAUUUAUGUUUGUUGUUUAAUUUUUUUGAUUAAUAAAAAAAAAUCGUAAUUCUUUU